AUGACCAAAGCUGAAAUGGGCAAGCUCAACACUACUCCUGAUGAGGACAGCAGCAGCUACAGUUCCAACAGCAAUGACUUCAACUACCCCUACCCAACCAAACCAGCUGCUAUGAAGAGGUCAGAGAUGUUUCUGUGCAUUGCUUUAAUAAUAAUAAUAAUAAUAAAUCAUACACAGUCCAGUUCCUCUUCAAAUCAAUGACAAAUCUCUGAUUGAUUUUGACGGAAGUGGAUUUCAACCUUCAUCCCCCAAAUUUAAAAAAAAAAUGUCGUAAGAAUGGCCAGUAUCUGUUUGUACGUACAGCAGCAAAAACCGAACCUUUCCCAGACCAAAUCUUAUUUUAAAAUAAGCCCAUUUGAAAUCGGUGGAUUACACAAUAAAAAAACAACCACCCCAAUGUUGUUUUAUGUUGCUUUUUUAAAAAAAGUGAUAAUACUUAAGUUGCUUUGUUUUCCUUCUUUUCCCCCCUCUCACAGCCAUUAUGUAGACAUGGAUCCAGAAAACCAAAACUUUUUACUUGAAUCCAAUCCUGGGAAGAAGAAAUAUGAAACUGAAUAUGUAAGCAUGCAUCACUUAUCUUUUUAGCAUUGAGUACAUAAGUGAAGACUAGGCUUCCCCCCCAUCUGCAAAUUAAAACCAUUUGCAAAUAAUUGUUUCUGAACAAAUUAUUAACCACCUCCACCACACUUUUCUCUUAUUCACAGCGUCCAGGUACUACUUCCUUUGGAAUGUCAGUAUUUAAUCUGAGCAAUGCUAUUGUGGGCAGUGGCAUCCUUGGGCUUUCUUAUGCCAUGGCAAACACUGGAAUUGCUCUCUUUGUGUAAGUAUUUGAAUGCAGCAGAAUUGCAGCAUUAUAUUGUUGAUGUUUGUGCAUGCUAAUAUUUUCCAUUUGCCAUUUUAAAAUGUAACUAUGCCUAAAAUGUAACCAUGGAAAGGAAACUUGGGCUCAGUUGCCAAGUGAAUGAACACACAUUAGAACUCCCAGACUAUCUGAACAUAAACCAGUUUAAUCCCACUGAGAUCAGGAAUGGAUCCUAAGCAUCUACCCAUUUGGAAACAAGCUCUGUGGAGCUUGUUUCUCAGUGAACCAUGCUGGAGAUCAGGCUAAAAUUAAGCAUCCUUGAGAGCCUCAGUUGAUGAUUUCAGCCGAGAAGUUAAGCACAUGUUUAAAUCUCUCCUGUUAAAAUAAAUGGACUCAAAACAGUUUGUUGGGUUUUUUGCUGGAUUUCACCUGUCCUACCCUGCCUUAGCAUCUUUCAAAAAUAGUUGUAAGGUGAAAGAAAUAUUUUUAUUCAUUCUAAGGAAGAAAUUACAUUACAUGUGCAUUUUCCAGUGCAUUAAGGACUAAGUGUUUUCCAGUGCUUUUAAGUAUUCCAGUUUCGGUUAUUACCCAUUACUGCCAUUCAUAAAUGCAUGCUUUCUCCAGUUUAAAUGUCACUGCAUGCUUCUCCAGCUCAUGUGAAACCUCACUUAUCCAUCCUGAUUCCUGGCCCAUAGCUAGACUUGCAUAUAUAAUAUCACAAGACAUUUUUGUUCCUAGCAGCACAAAGUGCUUGUCAAUUUCAUCUCUACACUCUCUUGUCAAUUUCCCCCCUUAAAUUACUGUUUGCCUCAGCCUUGGGAUACACACUAAUAUACCUUUCAGGUUAAAAAUUGUAUAUAUUCAUAGUCCUUGAGGAUUAAGAAAUUGCAGAAUAAUUUUCUAGGCAAAUAGGUUUGUAACUACGUGCUCGCUGGCAUGGAAAACAAGGAGAUCGCUUGCCUGUAUUUAAUACAUGCAUAUUGUGUACAGUAUAUGUUUCCUGUAGAGGGCAGUGUAUAUUGAGAACAUGUAUCCUUGGAAAAGCAAAGCCAGUGAGAGAUGGUCAUAGUAGCAUCUAUUACAGUGGAACUCUUAGAGCAGGCAUAGGCAAGCUCCGACCCUCCAGAUGUUUGGGACUACAAUUCCCAUGAUCCCUAGCUAACAGGACCAGUGGUCAGGGAUCAUGGGAAUUGUAGUCCCAAACAUCUGGAGGGCCAGAGUUUGCCUAUGUCUGUCUUAGUGGGGCAAAAAUACGGAGAUCUAAUUUUCUGAUUUUUACACUAUGAAGCCUUAAUAGGAACCAAAGAAAUUGCUCCAUCCCAGGAGGAAUGGUUUAAAAUAAUAUUUAUAAAGUUAUGUCCCAGUGUGUACAACUAUGUGUAAAAAAUGAUAGGCGCAGGGCUAAAUAUACACUUCAGACAGAAUACUUCUAGGUGAAACAUCUUGGGGAUUUUUGUGAUGGAUUCAUCCAUCAUUAGAAAUUAAUUUAAGAAUCCUAUGCAAGUACAUUUAAAGUUGCAUUUCUGUCUCACACAGGCACUCCCAACAGUGAGAGAGGUUCAAAAGCACUUUAAGGCCACCUUCCUAUGCACACUUGUGUGUGUGUAAAGUCCCAUUGGACUUGAUAGGAUUGCACUAUAGGGCAUACUUAUGUUAAAGCUAGUGGCAGAGAACUUUGUAACGUGAAAUCAGUAAAUGUGCCUUAUGUUGUAUGUUUUUUUAAGUGGAUGCAAUGUUAUCUUUAAACUCCUUUUUAUGUGGCUCAACUUAUUUACUUCUAAGCAGAACUUUAAGCAUAUUCAGAGUCUUUCAACUUACGUUUCUGUCUUCUCUGGUCUUUCAAAAUGACUCUCUGACAGUCAUUUAGAGAUGACCCAAAAUGCAGUAUGCUGGUAAUGUUGCUGUUGCCACCAAAACCAGCUUUAGUGGAAGCACAUUUUGGUCUAUGGCAGUUGAUUCAUUUUAUAUAUCUCCCCGUAUUGAACUCAAAUGGGCUUUGCAUUACAUUUUGCCCUGCAAUGUGUACCACUGGCAUGCAUUAUGCUGAUGGCAUUGUAACCAACACAAAGCUGUCCUUUCGGUAUGUGUGCAUACUGAAUCCAGUGUGUUGUUUUAUCAGACAAAGUUUUAAGUUUUAUUUAUUUUCCAUGGAAAACUUAAUUUCUCCGAAAUGUACUUUAAGGCGGAGUCCUAAGUGCAGAGUAGGUUUCAUGGGUGUUGGACUUGCUUCCGAAUAAGCAUGUUAAGUCUUGUGGUGCUAGUUUUAUGCACAUCUACAUGUGAGCAACUCCACUUAAACACAGGGGAACUUCUGAGCAAAUCUGCCUUUGAUUGGGCUAUUAGUUUAAAGUCUUAAAUAGCUCAGUUUUGUUUUGGAACAAUUUAAUUAUCAGUGGCAUCUUAAAAGGAAGAACAAGUUCCCACUAAUAUGCCUUUUUGCUAUAGAGCAGUUGCUUUGUAGAUUUCACGUUGGAUGAAGAACAGAUCUAUAUUUUUGCAUAGAUUUUGUGUAUAUGUUUAAUGGUAUUCAAGUAUACAAUCCCAGAAGCAAGCAUAUUAGCUUCCACUUGAAUUUUCAAACAUCUCCUAUAUAGUUUACCUUGAUUUUUAUCUAGAUAGCUGUAUUUUUGUUGAUUAUAAUGAUGAAGUUCUUAUUGGUAGAAUUUUUUUGUCUUCUGUAAAGACUCUGCAACAAUGGGCAUUCACGUUAACAUAGCCAUGAAGCCAAGUCUAAUUGGGGGCAAUCUGUAAUCAGUUUGUCUAUUUAGUUCAGCAGAGUGCGACUCCUUAGAUCACUGGGAUUUAAGCAUGUGCUGGAUUGCAUCCAUUUUAUGAAAGGAAGUUCAAUUCAAAUAGCUGAACUAUGUGCAUUGCUGUAUCUAUGAUCAGAUUGGGCAUUCCCAUAAAUCAACAUGAGUAUUGGAUUGAGAUGCUGGCAUUUUAUCAUUAUGGCUCCAAUGCAGGAGAUGCCAGUGUUUAAUAUUCUGAUUAAAAAACCCAAAACUAUAACCAUUUUUGAUUGUCUAAACUUAAGAGUCAUGAUCUCCAUUUAUUUUUUUAAGUACUAAAAUGAACAGAAAAGAAAGGGAAGUAACAUUUUGCUUCCCCUUUCAAUAUCUCAGAUGUGGAGAACUGUUUGCAUAGAAAGGGCUUGUGGUUAACCCAGCGUGAGUCUGAACUAGCUUAAAGGCAGGUAAUCCACCUUUAGAGACAUGCCAAUGGGAUCAUAUGUAAUCCUUGUUGGGAUGGUUUCUUAUAACCUCCACAAUAAAGAGCACCGCUGUUCUUAUUACAUUUAUUUUAAGAAUUAUUUCAAUAUUUUCUUCAGGAAUUAUACGACCGCCUUUAAAACCAGUUAUCAUUUUAUCACUUGUAAAUGAAACUGGUCUCAAUUAAAAAGUCAAGUGUGUACUUACAUCUUCCCGGCUGAAAUCACUGGGAAGUGCAUCACUUUGGCAGAACAGAGCCUGAUUUUGUUACUUUUUCUUGUUGCAGUUUAGAUGCUUAUUUCAGCCAAAGUAAAAGUUGUUUGUUUAUGUGUGUUUUUUUAAAGAAUUCUUCUGUUCUUCGUGUCAAUAUUUUCUUUAUACUCCGUUCAUCUCCUCUUGAAGACUGCCAAUGAAGGAGGUAUGUUAACAUCUACUUGUGACUAAGAAAUUCACUUCCCUACACUUUAUACAUUAAAAACAUGUAACUGUAAAUUACACUCUAGCAACUGCUCUGUUUCUUGUUGCUGUAGGGUCUCUGCUAUAUGAACAACUGGGAAUGAAGGCCUUUGGCAUGGCUGGGAAACUGGCAGCAUCUGGAUCUAUUACCAUGCAGAACAUUGGAGGUGAGGUUUUUCAGAUAAACGUCCCUUUUUACACUUUAUAACAGUUUUCUUCUUUGUUCUGAUGAGAUGAGCUUGUCACACAACGUGUUUCCAUUAGCAACCUAAAAGCGACACCAAGAAACAUGUUUCUGUGGCUCUUAUGUGCCAUGCUCUCUAUAUGCAUUGAUGUACAAUAUCAUUCACCUGCAGCUAUGUCCAGCUACCUCUACAUUGUGAAAUAUGAGUUACCAAUCGUCAUCAAGGCAUUUUUGAACGUCAAAGAGAGCACAGGGUAAGUCUUCGAACUGCUCGGCAGAGAAACUGUUAGCAGGAACAGAAAUAGGCAUUGUAGAAAUGUUAUCUGAUGUCUUCCGUUGAAACGUGUAAGAAGAGAUCAUGGUUGAGCUCCAGUUAUACUGACCUACUUAUUGAGUGGUCUGUUUGACAUAUGAUACGGCCUAUAGGAAAGGGGUUAGAAAAAAGCCUUGUUGUUUGACAAAAUAGCAGGACAUGUAAACAGGAUCAGUGUUCACUGAAUGGCCAGUCCAAUUACUUCUUUGUUCCGAAAAUGUAAUCAAGCUGUAAUUCCAACAUGUUCUUAGAAGCCAGCAUGUGUAUGGUAGUUUUUUAACACUGCCUUCAUACAAAAUACUGCAGUGAUGUUAUUCUUGAAUCAGAAGUAAAUAUUUGGGCUCAAGCAUUCAGGGGCAUGAGUUGUGUUUCUACAGGAAUUCUAAUACCAUGAUUAGAGUAUGAGAUUCCCCCAUAUUUUAGUGGAGACAAUGCUUGCGACCCAUUGAAAGUUUGCAAUACCUAAACCUCAUUGUAUUCCUUAGACUGCAAUCAGACUGCUAAGCCACAUCCAACUCAGUGGUGCUUAGAUUCAUGUAGCUUUCUCUGAACUAUGCUCAUUGUAUUUUUGAAUAGCUAUAAAGAUAAUAAUUAUUAAUUUCUUUGGAAAUAACCCUUUCCCAUGUGGUUUCUCUGCCCACAUAAAGAGGGCUUUCCACUGGGCAUAGCAGUGCUCUUCCUUGGCAUGUUUUGAAUACCCAUGUGCAUGCAAGUACAACUUCAUCCCAUUAAAGUGUGUGUAAGGCCUCCUAUAUUCGCGCCCUCCCCCCGAGUCCUGUGCCAUACCACUUAGGAAGUAAACUCCCAUUGGACUCAGACUUGCUUCUGAGUAAGCAUAUUUUGGUUUAGGCUGCCAGGCCUUCUGAAGGUGUUAACUGGAGCUCAGUCUCAUUGAUAUCUGUGGUACUUAAUCCAAUGUAGUUGCUGUGACCCAGCAUAGCACAAUCACUUGUGCACGAGAGGGUCUUUCCUAUUGACAGCUGUAGAAAAGUACUCCCAAAAGACAGAAACGUAGCCAUUAAUGGGAACUCACUUGCAUUAGGUACUCUGAACCAGUAUUGCUGUCCUGUGUUUCUCUAUUGCACUGUGAUAACAAUAUAAUAUUUUUAAAUUAUAGAUGUGAUGACCACGCAGUUUUUCAACAAAGAUGUAUUUCUUUUCUUACAGAGAAUGGUACCUCAACGGUGAUUAUUUGGUUAUAUUGGUAUCCUUGUGGCUCAUUCUUCCUUUGUCACUGUUGAAAAAUUUAGGUAAGUAGGCACAAGAGAUAUAGAUGAAACUAGGGUGAACAAAUUGGGAAAUAAUGGCAAUCCUCUUUGUGAUUAACAUGGUACCUGUAAUAUGGAAGCCACUUCUACAUUCUGCUCGGUUUUACUGUGCAUGGAGAGCUAAGUUGUCACAGCAGUUUCCUAAGCCCUCCUACUUGAUGAAAUACAGAUAUAUGCCAAUAUGAAGGCAAUAUACUUGAGCAUCAAUUUUAUAUCCAUUUGCCUGGUUGUAAGUUUUAUUAAAGUUGGGGGGGGGCUAAGAAAGUAUGAAAGAGCAGGAUGACACCACCACAUUAAAUCUAAUAGUGUUCUUAUUGGAUGUGUUGAUUUGGGAUAAUAGAAUGGAUAGGAAAUCCCAGACAAUGGCUAAAACAAAGGUGUGCGCUUUCUAGUUGUUCAGUGAUAUUGAAUCAAUAUAUUAACAAUAUCAAUUCCUGUAAAUCUGUUCUCUUGGAAACUCACUUUUGAGUUGUGCAGACCAUGCUACUGAAUGUGCCAUCUCCCAAAUGUGUUACAAGGACUAACUUAAAGCAUUUUUGUGUUACAGGUUAUCUGGGUUACACCAGUGGAUUUUCCUUGUUGUGCAUGGUCUUCUUCCUUAUUGUCGUAAGUGCAACAUUUUCUAUGCAUACAUUUAAGUGCUUAGGAUAUUUAAUUCAAGUGAGAUUGCUAGUGACUUCUGAUUAUGUCCAGUCAUUAUUUUAUAGAACAAAUGUAUCCCGUGAAAGUAACAGGCAGUACUCUUUGUCAUUCUUUGUUAGGUCAUUUGCAAGAAAUUUCAAAUUCCAUGUGGACUGGAAAGUGACUUGAUUAAUGCAACUCUGAAUACCACCCUAGAACAUCUGUCAACCACUGCACCUUUUCAUGUAUCGGAAGUAAAUAUAACCAGUGAUGACCAAUGCACACCAAAAUAUUUCAUCUUCAACUCACAGGUAAAUAUUAAUAUAAGAGGGGGUGGGAGAAAAUAAUUGGCUAUACUAAUUAGAAAUUUAAUUGUGACUAUUUUAAAGCCUCAUUGACUGCUGAAAAAUCCUUUUUCUCUUACAAGAGCACUGUGUACUUGUAGCAAGGUUCAGUGCUUCUUGAAAUGUCCUUAUGUUAAACAGGAUAUGACCGUAAGCUGGAGAACAUUUUUGUCUUGGGCGCAAGGCUGCCAAUAACUUAAGUACACUGCUGGCUUUUAACAACCUGAACAAUCCGAUCCCUAUUUAGCAAAUGCCUGUGUUUUGAAUUUUUGUCGUGCAAAACAGCUAUCUGGCCUAUUGCCUAUAAAGAUGCAUUGUGGGUUCUGAAGCUGUUGAAAGGCCCCCACUCCACUCAAUGGAGCUUACUUUCAGGAAACUGUGCAUAGGCUUGUAAGAUGCAUGACUGGUCCUGCUCCAGUCCAAGAACAAUUUGUUUGGGGCUUUACCCCGGCUAUUGUGAAGGCAGGCAGAGGCCAAUUGGUAGGGGUGCCCACCCAAUCGUAGCGCCCUCUAGCAGUCUGGACUGGAGGUUAGGAUUACAGCCUUUCUGUGCAAUCUUGCGCAUGUUGAUUUAGGUGUAAAUCCCACUUUUUAAAAAAUGAAGCUAGCUCCCUCAUAAAUCCUUCCCCAGUCUGAUGCAUCCCUCUACUGUGGACUAUAACUUCCAUAAGAUCUAGCUAGUAUAGACAACUGCCAGGGGUGGGAAUUUUAACCCAAAAUACCUGGAGUGUGCUUACUAGCACUGCAGCCUUAGCUAAUGAAGAAAUAUACUUACAAGUUAAUAUUACAGAAAUAUUCAUAAGUGCAUUUUUUUUGUGUGCUUUUCAGACUGUCUACGCUGUACCAAUCUUAACAUUUUCCUUCGUCUGCCAUCCGGCUGUUCUUCCUAUUUAUGAAGAACUGAAAGGGUAAGUAAGACUUGCACAUGUUACACGUCAGCUAUUUUAUAGAAACAGGAAUGGUGGAAGCACAUAAUUUCAGAAUUGAUAAUACAUUUUGUUCCUUUGAACAGGCGAAGCCGCAGAAGAAUGAUGAAAGUCUCCAAUGUUUCAUUUUUUGCCAUGUUCCUCAUGUAUCUUCUGGCUGCUCUCUUCGGCUACCUGACAUUUUAUGGUGAGCAACUUCUCUUCUAUUUCUGUUUCCUUUUUUUUGUACCUAAACGUUCUGCACACGUUUUGGCCAGACACAAACCAACCAAAAUAAACCACCCUUAACGUUAAUUUUGGUGGGAGAGGCACUAGUAAUGUCCGACUGAAACCAGUGGGGCUUUAAAAGUGUUGAAAGUGCAUGCGUGCUCUUUGCAUCUUACGACUAUGAAUUUAAUCUCAGAUGAGAUCCAUGAUGAACUUGUUCUCUAAAUUCCAGUUAACUUAUUUGAAUAUCAUUUCUGAGUAAUUUAUUCAAAGGAGUGCAGACUCGCAAUUUGAAAUGCACUGCUAAUAAGAAGCAAGUCUCAUUAGAUUCAGGAGGGCUUGCUUCUAAGUAGAGAUGCUUAGGAUCAUGUUGCAAGGGGAGUGAAUGGUCUUCGAAAUGUGAGUGAUGGCAAAACAUAGCUCUCUGGUUUUAUAUGAGAACCAAUACAUGUAAAUCAGUAGAACAAGUAGGGUUUAGAAGCAUAAUUGGAAAACUCCAUUUGAGAAUCAAUUUGAUAUGUAUUUAAACAGAGCACAGGGAUUUUCCUGUUAUAUAUAUAUUUUGCCAUCUACAGUAAUUAACAUUCUAUUAAAACACAAUUUUCUUUGCAGGAAAUGUUGAGCCAGAGUUGCUUCAUACUUACGCUGAAGUCCUGGGAGCUGAUGUUCUUCUCCUUAUUGUUCGUCUGGCAGUCCUGAUGGCAGUGACACUUACUGUGCCAGUUGUGAUUUUCCCAGUAAGUGACUUAAGGUUUUUUCCCCCAGCUUCAACAGUAAUUUGGAAAUCAAGCUGAUUUAGAACUUGUCUGCUAGUUGUGAUUAAAAAAAUUUCCAGUUGUGAUUAAAAAUAUAAAUAAAUAAAUCAAACAUCAUUUUCUGCUAUUUCACCUUUCUGCAUCAGUUUUUGUUCAGUGUGAAAGGCAAAGAGAUCUUUUCCCACGGCUGUUAAAUUGAAGCAUUUUAGCUUUAAGCUGGUAGACUUUGAAAGAGAAGCAGCCUAAAAGUAAAGGCUUAAAUCACAAGGAAAAUUAACAUUGGGAAGUUCACAGAAGGAAAGCUUCCUGCUCCAUCUUUCCCUAUGCAACCAUCUGUGCGACCCCCACCCCACCCCCCCAACCAAUCUUCUGCCAAAGCCUCUCCAAAGAAUUGGAAGGCCCUCUUGAACAAGUUGAGAUGGAAAGAGGAGGAAAUUGUGAACUUUCCUUCUGCAAAUUUUCUUAAUUCAAACUUACCUUAGGAUCCAACCUGAAACCUUUGGCUAUCUAUAGGUAAAGGUAAAGCGACCCGUGACCAUUAGGUCCAGUCAUGACCGACUGGGGUUGUGGCGCUCAUCUCGCUUUAUUGGCCGAAGGAGCCGGUGUACAGCUUCUGGGUCAUGUGGCCAGCAUGACUAAGCCGCUUCUGGCGAACCAGAGCAGCACACGGAAACGCCGUUUACCUUCCCACUAGAGCGGUACCUAUUUAUCUGCUUGCACUUUGACGUGCUUUCGAACUGCUAGGUUGGCAGGAGCAGGGACCGAGCAACGGGAGCUCACCCCAUCGUGGGGAUUUGAACCGCCGACCUUCUGAUCAGCAAGUUCUAGGCUCUGUGGUUUAACCCACGGCGCCACCCGCGUCCCGUUGGCUAUCUAGAAGGAAAAAUUCAAAAUGGAUUUUCCCCACAGGCUAUCCCUCUCACUCAUUGUUACAAUGUUGUAAACAUUUCCAAAAGUUUGAAAAAUGUACUUUGAAUGUGAUUUUAAGGUGUUGUUUUUUUAAAAAAUGAUUUUAAUAAACUUUCAUUUAUUUUACAGAUCCGCAGCUCUAUCACACAGUUGUUGUGUUCAGGGAAAGAAUUUAGUUGGUGGCGCCAUACUGCAAUUACAAUGGCUCUUUUGGUAUUCACCAACAUUCUCGUGAUCUUUGUUCCCACAAUUCGAGAUAUAUUUGGAUUCAUUGGUAAGGAUUCUGUUGUUCUCGGUUCUUCUUGCUGUCAUUUUCUAAAGCUUUUUUUAAAAUAAUAAUAAUCAGAAUACUGUAAUAGAAAUGUUGACCAUUUGUAUUCACACAGGUGCCUCCGCUGCUGCCAUGCUGAUCUUUAUACUACCAUCUGCUUUCUACAUUAAGCUAGUGAAGAAAGAACCAAUGAAAUCUGUUCAGAAGAUUGGGGUGAGUAAAGAGAAGUGCCCAUUACUAUCAUACUUGUCUAGCUUGAUCAGUAGAAUCGAAAAACGCCAAGAGCUAUUUGGCUGCAUGAGCAGAGUGACUAUCAAGCAUGCUAGUCAUGAAAGAACAACAUUGAAACAUUUAUGCAUUUAUGGAGAAUUAGGUUGCUGGAAAUGUACAGCUAAUAUAAGAUGACUAAGGGAGUUCUUGAGUUCUUAACUAGCAGCAGACAUUUUAUCACGGAUUCAAAGGGAAUAACCAUCAGUGUGUAAAGGAACUGUACAAUAAGCCCGAGUUCCUUGAUAGGUUUUCACAGCUACAUCUCCCACAACAGAGAAGGCAAGAUGUGUUUAAAGUUUUGUCGUCUUGGUUUUGGGAAAUGCAGCACUGGAGAGAAAACUGUGAGCCCCAGCUGUGUAUGCAAGUUCCCUUAUGUGUGCAUAAUUGGCCCUUUUCUUUAGCAAGUUCUAUUUGUUUCUGGCAAAAUCCUUCAAUUUUUUUUAUAUAAUGUCUUUGUAGGCUCUUCUUUUCCUGAUCAGUGGCAUAUUUGUGAUGACUGGAAGUAUGACCUUGCUCAUUCUGGAUUGGACCAGCAAUGCUGCUUCUAAUGGCCAUUAG